AUGGCUGCUAGGGUGGGACAGAGGCUGAAGGCAACCUCUUCCUUCCUCUCGAUUCUAGAUCCGCUCUUCUUCUACUCAUCUGAAGAAGAAACUCAAACAAGGGGAAAAGCUGUGGAGAAGCCUUUCUCUAAGAUGGGCUUAAGCCUAAUGACAACUCGUGGGUUAGGGGUUCUGAGUACCAUUGUUGGGCUGGGCCUAGUAGAGUGA